CUCUGCUCCGCUCUGCCGCGCGAUGUCGACCGGGGCGCCGCCGCCGUUCGCCGUCGCUUCCCUCACCCACCAAUGCUCCGUCCUUCUCCGCCGCCUCGCCGAGGGCUACUCCCCGGCGCCGGCCUACGCCUCCACGUUCCUCCGCGCCCUACGCUGCCUCCACGCCCGCCUCCUCACCGCCAACCUCCUCCACGCCCCGUCCCACCCCCACCUCACCCUCCGCCUCAUCCACCUCUACACCCUCUCCCCCGACCUCGCCACCCCCGCAGCCCUCUUCCGCUACGACCCUGGCCCCGUCGCCGCCACCUCCCUCGUCGCCGCGCACGCCGCCGCUGGCCGCCUCCGCGAUGCCGCCGCCUUCUUCGACGCCGUCCCGCCCGCCCGCCGCGACACCGUGCUCCACAACGCCAUGAUAUCCGCGUUCGCACGAGCGUCCCUCGCCGCGCCCGCGGUCUCCGUGUUCCGCACCCUGCUGGGCUCCGGCCCCCUUCGCCCCGACGAUUACUCCUUCACCGCGCUCCUCAGCGCCGUCGGCCAGAUGCACAACCUCGCCACCUCGCAGUGCACGCAGCUGCACUGCUCAGUGCUCAAGUCCGGCGCGGCAGCUGUCUUGUCUGUGUCCAAUGCCCUCAUUGCUCUGUACAUGAAGUGUGACACGCUUGAGGCCUUGUGGGACGCACGGAAGGUGCUCGACGAAAUGCCGGAUAAGGAUGACCUCACAUGGACCACUAUAGUCGUCGGCUAUGUCAGGAGAGGUGAUGUUAGUGCUGCUAGAUCAGUUUUUGAGGAGGUUGAUGGAAAGUUCGAUGUCGUGUGGAAUGCGAUGAUAUCAGGGUAUGUGCAAUCAGGAAUGUGUGCAGACGCAUUUGAGCUAUUCAGGAGGAUGGUGUCAGAAAAGGUUCCACUUGAUGAAUUCACAUUUACAAGUGUCCUGAGUGCGUGUGCAAAUAAUGGAUUCUUUGUGCACGGGAAGUCGGUCCAUAGUCAGAUUAUUCGGUUGCAGCCAAAUUUCGUUCCUGAUGCAGCAUUGCCUGUUAACAAUGCGUUGGUAACUUUGUACUCAAAGGGCGGAAAUAUUGUGGUUGCAAAAAGGAUAUUUGAUACUAUGAAACUGAAGGACGUUGUUUCUUGGAACACCAUUUUGUCAGGAUACAUUGAUAGCGGGUGUUUGGACAAAGCAGCUGAGCUAUUUAAGGUGAUGCCAUAUAAAAAUGAUUUGUCAUGGAUGGUGAUGGUCUCAGGAUAUGUCCACGGAGGUCUCUCAGAAGAUGCUCUGAAACUGUUUAACCAGAUGAGAGUUGAGGAUGUCAAGCCAUGCGACUACACCUAUGCUGGUGCAAUAGCUGCCUGUGGUGAACUUGGAGCACUGAAGCAUGGAAGGCAACUUCAUGCUCAUCUUGUGCGGUGUGGAUUUGAAGCGAGCAAUUCUGCUGGAAAUGCACUUCUAACAAUGUACGCCAAGUGUGGCGCUGUUAAGGAUGCUCGUGUUGUGUUCCUUGUGAUGCCCAAUGUAGACUCUGUCUCGUGGAAUGCCAUGAUUUCAGCACUUGGGCAACAUGGAUAUGGUAGGGAGGCACUUGAGCUCUUUGACAAGAUGGUUACUGAAGGCAUAUAUCCUGAUCGAAUUUCUUUCCUCACAAUUUUGACAGCAUGUAACCAUGCUGGAUUGGUAGAUGAAGGCUUCCAUUAUUUUGAGUCCAUGAAGAGGGACUUCAGCAUUAGUCCUGGAGAAGAUCACUAUGCACGGCUGAUAGAUUUGCUUGGUCGGGCUGGAAGAAUUGGAGAAGCUAGAUAUUUGAUCAAGAAAAUGCCUUUCGAGCCUACCCCGUCCAUUUGGGAGGCAAUUCUCUCUGGUUGUCGCACCAAUGGAGAUAUGGAAUUUGGUGCCUAUGCAGCAGAUCAGCUGUUUAGGAUGAUACCACAGCAUGAUGGAACAUACAUCCUACUGUCUAACACAUAUUCAGCUGCUGGACGUUGGGUCGAUGCUGCAAGAGUUAGAAAGCUAAUGCGUGAUCGUGGGGUCAAGAAAGAGCCUGGGUGCAGUUGGAUAGAAGUAGGAAGCAAAACCCAUGUGUUCCUUGUUGGUGAUACAAAACAUCCAGAAGCGCAGGCAGUCUACCAAUUCCUUGAAGUGAUUGGUGCUAGGAUGAGAAAGCUGGGAUAUGUUCCUGAUACAAAGUUUGUGCUGCAUGAUAUGGAGCCCCAUGAAAAGGAAUAUGUACUGUUUGCACAUAGUGAGAAGCUGGCAGUUGGAUUUGGACUUCUAAAGUUGCCUCCUGGAGCUACAGUUACUGUUUUAAAAAACUUGAGAAUAUGUGGUGACUGUCAUACUGCAAUGAUUUUCAUGUCAAAGGCGGUCGGACGGGAAAUUGUCGUUAGAGAUGUCAGGCGGUUUCAUCAUUUCAAGGAUGGAGAAUGUUCAUGUGGUAAUUAUUGGUGAAUAUUUUCUUCUGCGGUCAUAGCAGCAUGCCUUCUGACAGAUGUUCCUGUGGUCCCUGUCUCAAUAGAGGGCUUGAAUAUGGUUUAGGAGAAUGGACUAAUUCAGAUUUUUGUUUUAAGAAAACUAUAGCGGGCAUUGCUAGCCUGAACUUUUAUUGAUCUAAAGAGAUGUUAUUACAAGUAUUGGAAGUACAGGGGGUGAGCAGAAAAAGAAGGGAACAAAUCAAAUAUUAAAAGCCUCUUCUGGUUCUUUUCUGCGCGGCCUCUCUCGUCAUGGGGAAGAGUAAGAAGAGCGAGGUCCUUGGCAGUGGCGGCCUGAUCUACAGCAGCCACGCCAACAGCGUGGGCUCGUCGUCGACAGCACUGUCAGAACUAUUCAUCUCUUAAGCUACCGAUCAUGUCAACUAGCAGUAGUUCGUUUUCAGCAAGUACAUCGAUGCGCUUUAUGAGAAGAGGUGAAGUUUCUGUAGCCAUUUCUAGUGCCCCGUUCCCAUUCAGGAGGUCUUGGUCGAUGCUUUUGAAAGCUUCAUUCUUCAGUCUUGUGGAGAACAAGUAAAUUAGAACAUUCGAUUAGUCAAAUCUUAUAAUUGCAUGCAAAUAUAAUAGUUACAUAAUUGCCAGCGGUAGGAUGUGCAAUAAUAUUGAUUUUUCUAGGUUUCAAAGGUUAAUUUUCACACUUUCUUUGAAAAGGUACACAGGAUGAAUCGGAAUAUCGCCAGGACGCCAGCAAAGCUACAAUGUGAGCUAGCUUGAUCCCUAAAAGGAACCCUCGAAAAACAUCCAGCCGAUUCUAUUUAAAUCUUUAUGAAAAAAUGGAUCUUCUUGCUAGCUUGUUGCUGCUGCAAGGGAGAACGGAAUGAGUUUCUGAAUUGUGCAUACUUUGUCAAUGGGCAUUUUCAUCCUGCACGCGGCACACAAACCAACUUGCAUUAGUACAGGCAUUUUCUAUUGAUUGCAGCAUUUUAUUUGUGUUCAAUUCAAAUUUACAGAAACAGCGAUUGCCGGGGAGGCAUUUCAAACUGCAGCAAGUUUGCAUAUUUAUUGUCUAGCGACAAAUCUUAGGAUGUCUUUUUUUUCCCGGGCACAAUUUUUCUGGUCUAUUGUACCGUGCACCAACUGCUUUUACUGAUUUCACAAAUCCUACUAUCUGAAU